ACAGAGCGGCUGAGUGGAGCCGGAGGGACAACGGGAUGACCAUGACGACCAUCACAGAGUUCCAGAAGAUUGGUGUUGGUCUGAUGGGGUUCGGGUUGUUUUUCCUGCUCUUUGGUGUGCUGCUGUAUUUUGACUCUGUCCUGCUGGCCUUCGGGAAUAUUCUGCUUCUGGCUGGUUUGACGUUCAUCAUCGGACUCCGGAGGACAGCCUCCUUCUUCUUCCAAAGACAAAAGUUUCGGGGUUCUUCCUUCUUCCUGGGAGGCGUGUCUCUGGUGCUGUGUCGUUGGCCCGUCAUUGGAAUGCUGCUGGAGGGUUAUGGCUUUGUGCUUUUAUUCAGGUCUUUCUUCCCCAUGGCCGUGAUGUUUGUGCUGUCGUCUGUGAACAUCCCUUUCCUCACUGCAGUAGUUAAUUUAAAGGUUUCGGGCAGUGGACUUUAUGUUAAUAAACAAGGGCCCAGGGGCACUUAA